AUGACUAUGCCGUUCAACUUUUCAGAGGGCCACAGUUGUGCAGGUUGCCUGAAUAAACUCGGCGACGACGACUACGUCUCCGCUUUAGGGCAAGAUUGGCACAAGGACUGCUUCAGGUGUUCAGUUUGCGAUGCCGCCCUCGCGAGCUGGUACUUUGAAAAGGGCGGACUCCUCUUCUGCCAGACUGACUAUUGGACGCGCUUCGGGGACAUUUGCCAACAAUGCUCACAGAUAAUAACGGGGCCCGUGAUGGCAGCGGGGGAUCACCGCUUCCAUCCGGAGUGCUUCACUUGCGACUACUGCGGAGCGCACAUCGACGACGCGGAGCCCUAUGCCCUUUUGGAUCGCUCGCACCUCUAUUGUGGUGCAUGCUACAUCUCCGGUGCCCGAGACCAAAUAGGCCGCAGCCACGCUAUUCGGGUUGUAAGGUUGCCGGCGCACGCCAUAAGGCUCGCUACAUCUCACGGCGGAGCCCUAACUAUCGCACAUGGUCGCUGUGCCAGCAAACUGAGCGCCCUGAUGCGAGCGUUGCUUCGCGCAGCCCUCCAGGCCUGCGUCCAUCUCACCUGCCAUAGGAUAGAUUCGAGUUGCGGAAUGCUGACGCUACACAUCGGGGACCGAGUUUUGGAGGUGAACGGUUCUCCCGUGUGCAACCGGCCUUUGUCCGAUAUCGAACGCACUUUAUCUCGACCGGAAGUUAUUCAGCUUACAAUAGAGCACAACCCGGAUACCAUAAACGCUAAACGUGGCGUCAGUCAGUCCGAGAGCAAAUCGCCAGUGGAGCGAAAAGUUAAGGACGACGCUCCCAAGGGGCAUCCCGAAGAAGUGAGGAAGGAGAAAAGGCUGUUCAAGAAAAGGGGGGAGGAAGGCAGAGCGCGAGUGAUAAAAAGGAGACAGGCCACAGUAUCGCCUGCGUUGGGAGAAAAAGAGAAGAGUAGCAGCAUGUCCAAGUUGCUCGAUGUCGUGGACGGUGAGGAGUGCGGUGGUGUGUUGUGUGACCUGAGCCGAGCGCGUUCCUUCCGCGCCGAGCCCCCUCCCGGGCAGAAGGUUUUUCGCUCCUCGGAUCUACUGCAAGGUGAGUUGCUUGGAACGGGUUUCUUCGGCCAAGUGUACAAGGUGAUCCAUCGUGCGACCGACGAAGUGAUGGUGCUCAAACAGCUGUAUCGCGUGGACGAAGAAGCCCAGAGGAAUUUCCUCAAGGAGGUCGCGGUGUUGCGCUCGCUGCGGCAUAAGAACGUGCUGAGGUUUAUCGGGGUGCUUUAUCGAGACCGGAGGUUGCACCUAGUCACCGAGUACGUGGCCGGGGGGACACUCCACGACCUGUUGCAGAACACCAGUCGCCCGCUGAGCUGGUGCGAGCGAGCUCGCCUGGCCCGCGACGUGGCCGCCGGAGUGGGCUACUUACAUCGCAUGAACGUCAUUCACCGAGACCUCAAUUCGCACAACUGCCUCGUCAGGGCCGAUCGGGAUAUGACAGUGAUAGUGGCGGACUUUGGCCUGGCGCGGAUCGUGCAGCGUACGGCCAGCAGCGCGCCUCCUCAUUCGUCGCUCAGGAGGAAACGGUAUACUGUGGUAGGCAACCCGUACUGGAUGGCUCCAGAGAUGAUGAACGGAAACGUGUACGAUGAGAAGGUGGAUGUCUUCUCAUUUGGAAUUAUUUUGUGUGAAAUUAUAGGCAGAGUAUCAGCCGAUCCGGACUUCCUGCCGCGUCGCACCGACUUCGGCCUGAACGAGGCUCUCUUCUACGAGAAAUUUUGCAUCACUUGCCCCGAACCUUUCUAUCGCAUCGCGUUCUUGGCUUGUCAUCUAGAACCGGACGCGAGGCCGCCAUUCGAAGUGAUGGAGAUUUGGUUGGAGUCGUUGGUGAUGCACCUCGGGAACCCUGGCCCCCUCCCGCCGACCCUCCUGGCCGACAUCCUGCAGUACACGCACCGAGCCCCCGAGCACGACCACGGCACGCCCGAAUGCUGUCCGCAUCAAGGGGACAACGGGAUAUUUUGUGCGAACGGCACCCGACGCUGCCGCUGCAGCUGCGAAGACUUGGAGGGCAGAGGCGCAAGAGAAGGAGUCGUUAAGUCCCACUCAAACGUGGCGUUAGACUACGGUCGCGGCGGACGCGCGUUAGGCAAAUGUGUGUCUGCUAGCCAUAUCGCGCCUCGCUUCGUCACUCUGACGGAUUCGUCUCGUCUCGCCGCUCGACUGUCGCGUUCGCAUCACACCCUCGCGCCCGGGUACAUCCUGCGCACAGACGGACACGGCAUUAACAUCACCAAGGUGGACGACAUAUCCGAAUGGCUCGACCCUCCGCCACUCAAGCGCACCAGCCCCGACUCGCAUCUCAACGACUUACUGAAGACCGAUAAUAAAACUAGAAGAGUGGAGGAAACCCAUCUCCCGGCGUUCCUCAGAAAUCAAUCGGUCGAAGGCCUCGAAACGGAGGAGAAGCAUAACUGUGUCGCCUUCUGUAGGCAUCACAGCGUCCCGGACCACUGCGAUCUGCAAAACGACACGGACGACAACUCGUCGGACGACGAGCUAGAUAUACGGAUCGAUUGCAAUCCGAAGAUCUUUACAGAUAUAGUUAAAAAGAGCAACAUACUGUCUCAAAAGGCGAGUUACGAUUUGUCGUGCGCCAACGAGGUCCCUCGGGCCCGGGACAGAGUCGAUGACGUCCCGAAGGCCGAAGUGAAGGGCGAAAAGAACUCGUUGGCUAAAAAGUUGCUGUCGCCCAAAUUGAGUCGCCUGUUCAAACCCAGCGCGACGGACGCGUUGCGGCAGAAGGAAGACGAUAGAUCGAGGAGCAAGUUCUUCGUCCAGCGACCCGCGUCUCCGCGAUCCACCUACCGCGUGAGGCCGAUAGAAGGCGAUACGCAGAACAUUAACGAGAACGUCAUAAAGAGCGACCUGAAACUGGCCAGUCUGGGCAAACCGAUGACGCCGAUAUUCCGACGGAAUUACGGGGAACAGCGCGAUUCACGAGGCAGGUACAGCUACCGAGAUAAAACGCAAGACAAAGCCGACAGACGGAUAAUCGACCAACCGGUUAAUUUGACUCCGCUCCUGGAGAAGAAGGACGACAAACCCAAGAGGCGAGAGGGCAUCACCAGAAGCAAUUACGUGCGCCUGGCCAACUUGAAGAUCUCUAAGGACUUGGAGCCGGCGCAGAGGAAAGUGCAGGGAACUCCGGCCGAAAGAGUGAUUUAG